UUACGUUCACAAUGAUCAAAUGCUACGACUUCACCGAAUCGUUAGUUAUAUGGGAGUUAUCAUUUUGGAUGACGUGGGUAUCCGUUUUGGCCGAUGUUAAUAAUAUAAUUAAAUGGGGAUUUGAAGUAAACUUCUUAAGUAACGUUAACGUCUGGUAAACUUGGUAGACACCUAUCGUUAGUAGAUAAUACCAGAAACUGCUGGCAUAGCAGGACAUGCAUGAUACUGAACAGUCGUUUGAAGAGUCGUUUUAUGUACCCAGAGAUUCUUUGAUACCAGUUAAUUCAGCAGUUAUUUUGGGUAGUUUAACUAUACAGAAAAUUAGGUAGUUGCUUGCCAUUUCUAUGUUCUAUGGGUAUUUUAGCUGAUAUAGUUUAUGCCAGUAAAUUAUGUCAGAUGCUCCUGAGAAGUUAUUUUGUGUCAUCAGUGUCAUCUUGGUGUUAGUCAAUACGUUAUGAGUGUAACUGAUGUGGGUGCAUCUCACUUUGUCCACUCGACUUAUUUCUGCACAUGUUCCGUUUCCCAUAUUGACAAGUGACAAGUUUGCUUGUGCUAACCUUGGGUAGACGAAAGAUUAUUCACGCGUACAGGAAGGAAACGGGCAAGGCUGAAACUCUCCCAGCAAGACAUUUAAUCACUCAGCUGCCAGCCAUGGCCAAAAUAACAGAAGAAGUUAUCAUUGAGAAAGGGACUCCUAAAGUAAAAGACCUUGAGCAGAUAAAAAGCCUGAAUCUGUCACGACUUGGUUUAAAGACCAAAGAUUUGCCAGUGCAUCUUCUGUCGAGAUGCACCAAUUUGGAGAAGCUGGAUCUCUCUGGAAACAUGCUGCAAGAGAUGCCUGUGGGCCUCUGUCUUCCCUCCUUGCGAGUUCUGGACUGCUCAAACAAUGACAUGGAGGACAUCACCUCCCUUCAGUCCCUAACAAUAUUGGAAGAACUUAAUCUUGAGAACAACAUUUACCUCACUAUCAAUGAUCAGCAUAAGGCCAUAUUCCUCCUGCCCAAACUGAGAAUUUUCAGUGGAAAAGGCAUUGGCCCAUUGGCUAAUCAUAUCCGCCAUGUCACAAGUGGGAUCCUAAAGAAAAGGGUUGUUGAAAUCUGGGAGGGAAGUUAUGGACUUCCUAAUCCACCAACCACUGAGAGCCUGGCCAAAGUUGAGAAGAAUUUUAUCAGUGAUGCUUGUUUUCGAGUCAAAUAUGGCCCAAGCUCCCUGAGCCUUUAUACAAAAUGGAGGGUUGAGAUGAUUGCAAAGGAACAUUUCCACUCACUCAUUCAGACAAAGGAAAAGGACAAUACUCAAAACAUACCCACUGGCAUCAAAGACAAUGGGGUUUGUUUGCAGAUUACUCUGACUCCAAUUAAGAGAAUGUCUACAGAUGUUGAAGCUGACAGUCAAACAGGAUGUACUCCGAAAAGAGCUAGAUUGUCUGCUACAACUCCCACAAAGGCCAGUCCCCGAAAAUCCAGCCGCCUUCAGAACACCCCACAGAAGGCUGAUAAUCCUGUGACCAGUCCCGUCCGAAAUGCUGUAAGGAAUUUGGCCACUCCAACAAAACAACAGAGGACCAGCCUGAGGGAGAGUGCGAAGACCACACCACAAAAGAGGCCGACGAGAACGCAUUCCAAGACAGAGACCAACACCCCUGAAAGAACCAUCAAAACUCAGAAAACCAUCUCAGCGGAACCGGUGUGUCUGCAGCCUCUCCACGUCCUGCAGUGCCACAGCAAACAGGACGACCCCAAUGACUUCGAAACCCAGAUCUGGGCCUGUGCCUUUGAGCCUGCAGCAGAUAUAAGUGAUUGCGGUAACUGGGACAGUACGGUAGCCACCUGUGGAGGCGAGACUGUUUGCUUCAUUGACUGUGAGACGGGCAAUGUGCUGAAGAAAUACAAAGUCCCUGGCGAGGAGUUCUUCUCUCUGGCCUGGUCAUCACUGCUGAUGUCUGUGAAGGGCGGUGUGGCACGGAGCUGCAGCAUUUUGGCUGCAGCAGGGAAAAGGGGUGUGGUGAAACUCAUCCACUCAAGAGCCAACUUGGCAUUUGGAGAGUUCCGGGCAAGCCGGCGAGCCACUUCCAUCCUCCGCUUCAGCCCCCGUCAGAGUAGCUACCUUUUCACUGGGGGAUAUGACAAGAAAAUCUCCUUGUGGGACAUCGGUGAUAUAGACCAAGACUACAACUUCAAAGUCAGUCAGCUCCUGGUCCUGGAGACCUCCUCCACCCCACUGCACCUCGCCCUGCCUCCAUCCUCCGCUGAUAAACAUCUCAUCACAGCCUGUGAUGAUGGUUUGCUGUGCUUCAACAUUCAGCUCAAUACAAACACAAAAAAAAGGACAAUGCAGAUGGAAGUCACAUUUCCUGCUUAUGGCAAGAAGGACAAAACAAACAAUUAUCGCACAAUCGAUGGCCUCUGUUUCCUGUCAGAUGAUGUUGUAGCUUCCAAAAGCCACAUGCAAGGCUCCAUCUAUCUCUGGAGCUGGAGCCGAACACUGGCUUCAUCCUCUGGUAAGAAGAAAGUGUCAGCAGAGAUUCUCGCAGAACUACAGUGGUCCAACACAGAUAUCCCCUACCUGUCACUCAACACCUGUCCCAGUCAUGGUUAUUUAGUUUGUGGAGACGAAAAGGGAAGACUGUGGACGUACCACGUGACAGACCAUAUGAAGGCCAACUUUAAAAGUGGAAAAACUAUUCCAACAACAGAGGUUCUUGAGUGGCCAUCACCUGUCAGAGCUGGAUUCGGGCCAGUGGAGGGCCACUCUAUUAAUUCCGUAGCGAUGAACCAGAACCUGCGCUACCUGGUUGCCCUCAGUGACAACAACAUGGUUGUGGUGUGGAAAAAUGUUGCGUCCUGACAGUUGAAGACUGGAUACUGCCGAGGAUUCCCUCCUACAUCCCAUUUGCACACACACACACACACACACACACACACACACACACACACACACACACACACACUCCAGAGGAAGAUUUGCUGUUCUUGGGCAAUAAAUACAAUUCGACAACAGACGUACAUUCAGUAACAGAGAGCAAAGAGUUUGUAUCCAUGGGGUUUCUGUUAAUGUAGUUUUUCAUAAGUUGUAAAGCAAUUCUUCACUGUAAAGUGUACAAGAAUACACAAAACUCAAGUGCACUUCACACUGUACUCUAUAUUAAAAGUAAUUGCACGCGUACAACAGUAAAAAUGUCAAACACUAUCUGUACUUCUUGUGAGUUGUAUUGCUAUAUUGCUGCUGUAAAUGAAAUGUGUUAUACAUUACUUAUUCUUUAUAUCCAUCCCGGUGAAGGUAACAACUCAUCAUUUUUUUGUAAAAUACAGUUGAUUACUGACUGAGUACAGUAUGCCACCUAGGUAAACAUUCAUAAAAUAGUUUUGCACGCGGAUCCACAUGAAUAUUAAAUACCAACUCAGACAUGGAUUUGAGUUAACUGUGGGAUUCAGAUUGUACAUUGUACAUCUGGAAAGGCUAACGUGUACAGUGUACAACCAAGUCCUACUUGCACCCAUUAUUACCGGUGACACAGUUACUCGGUAAUCAGGUAUAAUUGCAAUAGCUGAAUACAAUUUGAUUCUAUUACUUAACCUAUGACAGCAAGUACUUUUUCAACUAACAAUGAUACCAAUCUCCUCAGUUUAAAAAUCACAAGAAAUUAAGGUAAAGUUAUUCACGUGAUAGAGAGCAUUCAUGUUAAAUAGUUUUAGUGUAUUUGAAAAUAAUUCUAGCUCCCUAUAACAAAAAGUCUCGACAGUGGAUCUACUGCAAGUGGUACACGGUGCAAAAUGUAUUCUGGGGAGGGGCAACCUUUUUUUUCUCCUCCUCCUCGAACAUUGAUUGGAGGGCUUCACGCACAGAUUCUCUGACAAACAACGUUCUGGCCGAGUUUAUCGAGAUGCUCAUUCGAGUCUGUAUCAUUCGGUUAGCUUGCUAGUUAUGUGAAUUGAGUCUGAUACGUGCCUCUGUGCACGGACAUAGCUCAGAGUUACGAUGACAUUGUAAAUGGCCAGCUGAUACAUUUCGGAAAGGGACUGCAACCGUUGUCGGAGGCACAGCUCAUAAGAAGUAGCUAACGUCAGUUAGCCUAAUCAACAA